AUGGGCGCCACCCUACCAUUUGGACCACGCAUCGCCAAAGCUCUGCGAGCUGAGCUCGAGUAUAGCCAACGCGAGUUUGAGGAGCGACGAGGGGAUGGGCCGCAGGUGGAGCUGGAGGACACGGCACAGGUGAUACAAACCGUGCACAGGGAGCUGGACUCUUGCACCGAUCUGGUGGGAGACGUGCUGGGUGAUAUCACUCAACAAGUGCACAACAUAUCGUGUAUGAUAGGCAUGCAACUGCUGAAGGCUAGCGCCAAUCAGUCCAAGUACGAGGCCGAAAGCAGGCAACGGAGGGAGGAGGAGGCCAAAGACAAGACUGACUUCAUGGUGGGCAUCGAGGAGGAGCGGCGGAAGGUCGACGCCGAGUUUGCCAACGAUGUCAUCCGACUCGAGCACAUGUACCGGGUCAUGGCCGACACUGAUUGA